AUGAUCUCCGACGACGAUCUCUACCGGCUGGCCAUCUUCCUCGGCUCGGUCGCCAUGGUCCUCAUUGUUGUCUACCACUUCUUCGAGGUCAACUCGGCCGACAGCGCUCUCGCCAAGAAGGCAGCCCAGGCCAAACCCGUGCAACAAGCCCCUGCGGUCGGAAAGUCGUCAAGCGUAGCGAAGAGGCACAAGGGGGUCGUGAUACCCAAGUUCAGGUGUUCGGACAACGCUGUGCCGUUGCGGGCACUGGGCAAUCGAGGAGAUGGCAUGUGCCGGCCGUCUGAGGAGCGAAAGAAUGAUGAGGAACUGGAUUGA